AUGGGCCACGCGGCUCCAGAAACCGAGGGAGCUUUUCAGACUGGAUUGGACAUUCCUAUCAACACGCAGGAUGAGCCGGCCGCUGGUGACGUGUCGACUGACAGCCAGGCUGCACGUGCCGGCCACGUGGACAAAGCGGAGCGUGGAUCGACGAUCGAAUUGGGUCAAGAGGAAGCUGUUGGGGAGUCGCCGCAGCAGGAGAGGGAGCGAAGUGCGGAGAUGGCGAAGGAGAGUGCUAAGAAGGAAGCUCGUAAGGCGACCGACGAGGUGAAGGAGCAUGCUGCGAGCGGAUGGGACGCAGCGAGACGCGGCGUCGCGGAGACUACGGAGUCGAUCAAGCAGUCGGCGAAGGAAGCUUCCGAGAAGUUCAAGCAACCAGCGGCGCGCGAGUCGAGUGAGGAUGUGAGCCGGAAAGCCAGCGAGGGUGCUGCUGCGUCGGCGGAACGCGCUGCGCCAGUGGAGUCGCAGAAGGCGGCGGAAGGAGCAGCGGUGGCGGAGAGGAAAGCGGAAGAUGCGCGUGCAGUGAAGGAGAUUGCGCAGCAGGCGCAGGCGGAGGCGCAAGCGGCGGGGGAGAAGGUGCAAGGGUCGUUCGACUCAAUGGCUGAGCGCGCGCGCGGGGUGAUGGAGCGCACGCUGGAAAGCAUUCAGGAGACCGUCGAGGCCGCGCGCGAGCGGUCCGCGCAGGCGGGGGAAACGGCGGAGCAGGCGGGCGAGACGGCGAAGGAGGCCGGGCGGGAGGCGUACGAGAAGGGGAAGGGGUUCGCAGCGGAGACAAAGGAUGCGGCUGUGUAUCUCGUGUUCACGUUCUUGCAGGAGAACCUCGAGGCGGCGGGCACCGUCACGGCGAGAGGGCUGGGCAAGGCGGCGGGUACGGUGGAAGGAGCAGCAGAAGCGGUUGGCGAGACUGAGCGGACGGCGGAGGGCAUUGAGUCUGCGCAGGAGGGCGCGCGCGGCGCGUACGACCGCACGGCGGAGAACGUAUCCGCGUCUGCAGCUGGCGCGCGCGACCGCACGGCAGAAACCAUCGAGUCCGCGCAGGAGGGCAUUGCAUCCGCAGAGGAGGGCGCAAAGGACGCGUACAACCGCACGGCGGAAAACAUCUUUGCCUCCGCCGCUGGUGCGCGCGACACUGGCGCAGUCGCGACGGGCACCGUCGCAGGCGCGGUUGGGCAGAUCUUCCACUCGUUUGCGGAGGCGCUAGGCGUCGCGGGGAAGCACGCCCCGCCGGAGGCGCCAGUGGGGGAGGUGCCUUCGGCGGAAGCGUCAGCGGCGCAUCGCCCGCUUUCUGCGGACGUGAAAAGUGGCGGAGAGCCUUCCGUCCCCCAUGCGCCUGACCGCGCGCCUGCCAGCCUCUCCGCGCGCACAUCCGCGGAAGGAGGUGGCCAGCACGCGGGGGGAAGCCGGGCAGGCGGCGGAGGGGAAGCGGGGGAAGCGGAAAGGCACGCGGGGAAGGCAAGCUUUGGGGAGGAGGGGGCAAUAGAGCCGGGACUGGGCGGGGGUGUACGGUAUCAUCCUGAACCCAGCGCUGAUCUCGGGGGGUCUGGUCUGAGUGCCAUGUUUGCUGCUGGGAGCAAGGCGGAUGUUCCACAGAACUACCUCCACGCUAGCCAGGAGACAGGCGAACUAGCGUCUAAACGAACUGCUGAUGUUGGUGGUGGUGGUGAGAGUGGUUCCCGCGGUGCCGCAGAGGAAUCUGGUCCUGGGCAUGGUGGGGGUGAUGGGACGGCGGCCACUGAGACAGCAGCAGGCAGGUCGGCAGUGAAAUCGCCUUCAUCAGAUGAACGCGGCGUGUUUGGUGGAGGGGGUGUUCCUGGCGCCAAGAGCGUCCCGUGGGACCAGGUGAAAGUGGGGGAAGGCGUGGAUGAGAAAGGGGUGGACAGGAGGCAACAGGUGGAGAUGCUUAAAGGGGGGGCGAGGGAGCCGCUCGGUAGAAUCACAAAGGCUGUUAUGGAUAAGUCCGGGAUUGAGACUGUGGAGCCAAAGAAUCGAAUUGCAAAGGAGAAUACCGUGGCGCCGAAAAUUGCCGGCCAGAGGGAGGAGCUGGGGAUUGGCGGGGUGGCAGGUGAGGGAGGAAAGGGCGGAGGAGAGGAAGGAGAGGGGAUGGCGGGAGGGGAAAGGGGAAGGGGAGGUGAAGGGGGAGGAGGAGGGGGGUGGGUGAGUGAUUUGGUAAAUCGGGCGCAUAUGGGAGAUUUGGUGGAGCAGGCGAAGGUGAGGCGGCAGAGUGUGAAGCAUGCUGGGGUGUUGGAAUCAGUUGCAACUGCUGCCGAGCAUGUGAAGGAUGCUAUGGUGGGGAGGAGGGCUGUGGGAGGAGGGGAAGGGGAUGUGGAGAGUGCCAAGAUGGCUGAUUCGGAACUGGGGAGGCUGGUAAAGGAAGCACAGCUGAAGGAGCAGUAG